GUCACCGACCCACACCGUUAACCAGACGGACCAGGGCCCAACAAACAACAAGCACUCUAAACAAACCCGCGUCGAUCGACGCCUCAGAUCCUACCGGUCGGUCACCUCUCUAAAUCCCUGUUCAGGUCACUCUAUCAUUCCUCCUCCUCAACACGUUCUCCACGCAUCUCUCUCUCCAUAUACUACUCCUACCUACAAAGCAGUUGUGCAGGUACACGUGUAACCCCCAUCGCCUGCCUUUGUCGGUAAACGCUUCAACAGUGACGGCAAAUCUUCUCUGGAUUUCAAUCAUCUUCUCAACACGCGUAUAGACAUACCUAUACACACACAACACGCAUUUCCAAUUGCACACGACGCACCAGAGAGACCUGGCGGAUUGAAAUCUAGGGUUUUGUGGUCGAGAUUUGGGGGGUUUCGGUACGAUAAUGUCACCACCAGCUGCAACGUCUCGGACCUCCGCUUAUCUCUCCGCCCUCACCCUAGAAAUCCAGAAGAAGCUCCAACGAGCACUCGCGUCGCCAACGCAGAGGCGGAACUUGUUGCAGGAGCUAUUCGCGGACGUAGCUUUAGAGGUUGAUGACCGUGCCAGAGAUAUAAUUCUCACUGGGAAGGAUAUAAUUUCCCAUCAUUCUGAAGAUGAGACUCAAGGGCCGUUGUGCUUCUAUGAUGUACUUGCUGAUUAUUUUGUAAGGGAGCCUGAGAAUGGAAAUCCAGUUCUUGAUUUGAUAAUUCAACUGUGGAGCCAAUCAUUUGCGUCUCAUAUUUUCUCCCUUCUGUUCCACAAAUGGUUGUUUGAAGUCCAAAUUGAUAAUGCAGAAGUCCUCCUCCGUUACUCGUCAGCACUUGUUCAAGGUGCAACAAAUGUCUUCUGGAUCGACAUCCAAACAAACACAAGGCGUUUUCAAUCUCUCUUCUGGUAUCUUCUGGAGGAAGUGGCUUUGGUCCCCGAGCGAUUAAAGAAAAUUCCUCUUCAGGCCCAACGAGAUCUGUUUCUUCUACUAUCAAGGUUCAUAUUAUUUUACAACUUAGCUGACAAGCUUGAAAGCUUCUUGAAGCAUUUUCCUGAUUUUCCGACUGCGUUUUUUGUGGGAGGUCCAGCUGAUAAUUUUGUUAUUGAACUCACUGAUCAGCUUCAGAAAUUGAAGGUAGAGCCAGUGCUGUUACAUUACCUUUCACAGAUUACAGUUCUCCAGGGUAUGGAACUGAGAAUGACCACAAGUACAAGAUUGAAAGCUUGCUUGUAUAGCUUCACGUCUCCUGGUGGUCCAAUGUAUCCAACGAGAGUUGUUCGUCAUGCAGCUUGGGAAGCAUUAGAUUUCCUUUUUCCCGUUGGGCGUUACCCUCGGCACCUUAUAAGCUUGUUUUUUCGGCUGCUAUAUCCAUGGUACUGGCCCUCUUCCUGUUGGAACUUUAUUAUGUCUUGCGUUCAGGCGGUACUGUACUAUAUAUUUAGCUUGAUUUUCUCUGUUUGGGAGAAGUUGAUAAAACCAAGGAAAUCCUAAAGUUUAUUCUUGAUUUUUUCAUAUCCAACCUCAUGUAAAAAUUAUUUUGUAACUUUACGAAAGCCUUCUUUGUCUGCGUUGUGAAUGUGUGUUGUGAGUGUUCGCUUGAUCACCUUUCCCUGUAAAAAAAUGUUAUGUAGAUCUUAUGCUACAGAAAUUAAAACGAGGAUUUCAAUUCAGAUUACA